AUGACUUGCAAGGCCAGGAACAACGAGCCAAGGGUUCGGCACGAGGUAAUCCCAUUCCGCCAUCCAGAUACCCUCGCCUACCCUCCCCAACCCUUCGACACGGCUUGGCCCGACACCGACGCCACCACUAGUUCGACCUUCAACUGCCCGACGGCGCCUCACCAAUGCGCUACUCCGGGCCCACCGAAGCUCGACCAGCAGCGUCUGCAGGCGUCCCCCCGUUUCGCCGAGCCCUUCACAAGCCACGGCGGCUGCAUUCCGUGCUGGCUGGAGUCGCAGAGCAUGUACAGUCCCAACUGCAUCCACCGUCGCAAUUAG